UGUCCUGUCAUUAUUUACAAACAAAAAUAGAAACGUUAGCAAAUUGAAUUAUUGUGAAUUAUUAAUGUAUUUAAUUAGUGACAUUUGGUGAUUUUUGAAUUUUACAUUUCUAUUGAAGAGGAAAUGAUUCGUUGUUUAAAAAUUGUAUAUUAUUUGACUGACUUGAUAGUUAUUGACAUGUCAUCGAAUUCAUAACAAGAGGACAUAAAUAUUGUGAGGUUUUUCACGUUAAUUCUCUUUAUUUUUUCUAUAAAACUACUGUUUAUCUGUUAGAAAGCAAAUAGUUAUCAAAUUUACAUAAUUUGUUGAAAUAUUUUACUAAUUGACGAAAAAAACAGAAUGGCUGAAUGUAUUGAUUCAAAAGAAACGCAAAAUGGAAAUCAUCGAUCUUUAUUUUAUAAGAAACCGAUAAGUAGAAAUAAUUUUAAAUUAGAAAUAGAUUAUGAUGAUUCCCCACAAGAAACAAGACGACAAGAAUUUCUUAACCAGCAAAAACGAAAUCGAGAGACUGGUUAUAAUAAUACAAGAGGAAUUUUACCUGAAGACUACGAUUCUGAAAAUGAAGAAGAAGAAAUGGACGUAGAUAUUAAGAAAGCAAAAAAGAAAUUCUUUAAACAUCGUCAUAAAUAUUAUGAAAAUCAUUUAAUGUUAUCGGAAUGGUUAUUGGAAGUACCUGAAGAUUUCAUAGACAAGUGGAUAAUGGUUCCUUGUCCAGAAGGUCGAAGAGUUCUCCUCGUAGCUCGAAAGGGUAAAACCAAGGCGUACGAUAGACGUGGCAGAAAAUUGUCAACGUUCAAUUCAGCACUUCCUGGUGGUUCCUCAGAAGAUUAUAAAAGCAGUUGUUCAAUGUUAGAUUGUAUUUGGCAGCCAAAGGAGAAAAAAUACUAUGUUUUGGAUAUUUUAGCAUGGUCCAAUUAUCCAUUUACCAAUUGUGAAACAGAAUUUAGAUUUUAUUGGCUGCAACAUCAAUUGGGUGACAUAAAGGAAUUGGAAGAAAAGAAUUCAAAUAAAAAUAGAUAUCCAAUUGCACCACUACCGAGAGUAUUCUGUAACAGUAAUAUGUCUUCCGUUUUAGAAAAUUUACCAUCUAUAACUUUAGAUGGAAUUUUAUUUUUUCAUCGUGAAGCCGAUUAUACACAUGGACGAACUCCACUUGUAACGUGGCUCAAACCAUUUAUGCUCCCAGAAAUCCUAGGCAUCGCCGUUCCCUCAUCAAUGAGCGAGAAACCAAAUGGAUAUAUUGAUCUUGAGCAUUAUAUUUCGAAAAAGAAGAAGAAAGUAACAAGUGAACUUAUGGAAACUGUUUGUGAUGAACUUUCAUAGAUGUAUAUAUAAAUAAUAUAGUUAUUUUAUUUUUCGACGAUUUAAAUUUGUUUAGAAGUUAUAUUUAUGUUUUUACAUUGAAAACAGUGAGCUACCUCGACUUAAAAGUGUUUUAGUAAAUUAGAAACGUAAUGAAUAAAAGUACGUUUUACAAGA